GAGGUGGGAUUGACGGGAGGUGUGUGAAAGAGAGAAAGAGGGAAAGGGGAAAAAAAGGGAGAGAGAUCUUCUGUCAGCAAUCUCAACAGGCAGACCAGGAGGGGGAGACUCAGUCUUGCUUAUUACCAGCUGUGCUAACUCCAGGCUGACCGAGGUGGGGAAGGGAGAGAAAGGAAAAGGAAAGAGAGAGAAGAACGGAGGAGAGAGAAAGGGAGAGCGAGAAAACUCCUUUACCUACAAAGUUUUACUUAUCCAUGAAGAUGCCUGGGGAAAGAGAAAAGGAGAUUGCCCAGAAGAGCUAGGGGCGAAGCAAGGUCCCGGGUUAAAUUUGCCCUUCAGGACAGCGCCAGUGCCCACCUCUGCAGAGCCUUGGGCCCCAAAGGAAGAAGAAAAACUAGAGGGGCACGUGCAGGAGGAGUGUUGGGCAGUGAUCCUCCCCGCCCCUCUCCAGCAUACACACGCAUACACACUCACUCGCACUAGCACACGCGCGCACGCGGAACCCAAUGCCGGGGUGAGUCACGGGCAGGUCAGGACCGCAUGUGGAAAGGGGCGGAGGGAGCCCUAGGACCAACGAUUUGCCUUCGGGAGCUUUCACAGAGCAGCGGACACCAGGCACCUAGGAGGGGAGGAGCGCUCCCUGGCUCACUCUGUGCCAAGGCUGCCAGGUGACCGGGGAGGGCCGCUCACCUCCUCUCUCGUCGUACCCCCCUCCCCUCCGCACCACCCCGAACGCCUUUGUGUCCAGAUGCUGCGGAGACCAGCUUGACUGAGGAAUCCAGAUGCGGGACGACAGCUGAACAGCUGCGAAAGGAGGGAGGGGGAGGGGACAGGCAAACGCCUGCGGGUGGUCUUUAACCCCCUGAGCUGCUUCUCUGUGUGGACGCUGGCACCUCCAGGUAAAAUGAAGCCCACUGCUAUGCUUGUGCCUGGGUUUCUGAUCUUCCUGCUUGCCUUGGUGCAGAAUUGCAAAGGAGAAUGUAAAGAAGCCCUCGUCAAGUCUGAGAUGGACGUUAAUAGGAAGUAUCCACUUCCCAACUUUAUUGCAGAAACUGAGAUCCAAAACAUUAUUUUACACAAUCACCACAUCUUCCUGGGUGCAGUCAACAAGAUUUAUGUCUUAAAUGAAGAUCUCCAUAAUGUUUCUGAGUACAAGACAGGACCUGUGCUAGAACACCCGGACUGUGCUCCAUGUCAAGACUGUAGUCACAAAGCUAACUUAUCUGGUAGCAUUUGGAAGGAUAAUGUCAACAAAGCCUUGCUCGUUGAUACUUACUAUGACGAUCAGCUUAUUAGUUGUGGUAGUGUUAAUCGAGGGACCUGCCAGCGGCAUGUGUUUCAACCUAAUAAUACUGCUGACAUACAGUCAAAUGUUUAUUGUAUAUACUCCCCACAGAUGGAUGAGGAGUCCCUCCAAUGUCCUGACUGUGUGGUAAGCACUUUAGGUACUAAAGUUCUGCUGUCAGAAAAAGAACGAUUUAUAAACUUCUUUGUGGGCAAUACCAUUAACUCUUCUGAUCCCGACAAUUCUUUACAUUCAAUAUCUGUCAGGAGGUUAAAGGAAACACAAGACGGUUUUAAAUUUUUGACAGACCAGUCCUAUAUUGAUGUUCUACCAGAAUUCCAAGAUUCUUACCCCAUUAAAUACAUACAUGCCUUUGAAAGCAGUGACUUCAUUUACUUUUUAACAGUCCAAAGAGAAACUCUGGAAUCUCAGACUUAUCACACAAGAAUAAUCAGGUUCUGUUCAGUUGACUCUGGAUUGCAUUCAUAUAUGGAAAUGCCUCUUGAAUGUAUUCUUACCGAAAAGAGAAGAAAAAGGUCAACAAGGGAAGAAGUAUUUAACAUUCUACAAGCAGCAUAUGUAAGUAAACCUGGUGCACAUCUGGCUAAGCAAAUAGGUGUUGGGCCCAAUGAUGACAUUAUCUUUGGAGUUUUUGCACAAAGUAAACCAGACUCUUCAGAACCAACCAAGAGAUCAGCCGUCUGUGCAUUUCCAAUCAAGUUUGUCAACGAUUUCUUUAACAAAAUUGUGAACAAGAAUAAUGUGAAAUGUCUUCAGCAUUUUUAUGGGAACAAUCACAAGCACUGUUUUAAUAGGACAUUCUUAAGAAACUCAUCAGGUUGUGAAGCAAGAGAUGAUGAAUAUCGAACAGAAUUUACUACAGGCUUGCAGCGUAUUGACUUAUUCACAGGACAAUUCAAGCAAGUCCUUUUAACAUCGAUAUCCACCUUUAUCAAAGGAAACCUAACUAUUGCAAACCUUGGAACCUCAGAUGGCCGAUUUAUGCAGGUUGUGGUUUCUCGAGGACAAUCAACCCCUCAUGUGAAUUUUCAACUGGAUUCCCAUCCUGUUUCUCCAGAAGUGAUUGUUCAACAUCCUCUAAAUACAGAUGGCUUCACAUUGGUUAUCACUGGGAAGAAGAUAACCAAGAUCCCACUGAAUGGCCUAGGCUGUGAUCAUUUCAAAUCCUGCAGUCAGUGCCUCUCAGCCCCUUCUUUUGUGCAGUGCACUUGGUGCCAUAAUCAAUGUGUGAAAUCUGAGGAAUGUGUCACCGAGCUAGGGAAUCAGGAUAUUUGUCUGCCUACCAUUUAUGAGAUUCUCCCAACUAGUGCACCCCUGGAGGGUGGUACAACUUUGACGGUGUGUGGCUGGGAUUUUGGAUUAAGAAAAAAUAAUAAAUUUGAUUUUAGAAAAACCAAAGUUCUCAUUGGAAAUGAGAGCUGCAUAUUGAAUACAAGUGAGAGCACUACCAAUAAGUUGAAAUGUACUGUUGGUCCUGCUAAGAAUCUGCAUUUCAAUGUAUCCAUCUCUGUUUCAAAUGGUCGAGAAGCAACACAAUUUAAUACAUUCUCUUAUGUGGAUCCUAUAAUAACAAAUAUUUCUCCAAGCUAUGGUCCCAAGGCUGGUGGCACAUUACUUACCUUAACUGGGAAAUAUCUAAACAGUGGAAAUUCUAGAUGUAUUUCAAUUGGUGGAAAAUCGUGUAUUUUAAAAAGUGUGUCUCAUAGCAGUCUAGAAUGCUACACUCCUCCUCAAACCAUUCCAAAUGAGUACCCUAUUAAAAUGAAAAUUGACUUAGCCAAUCAAGAAGCCUACAGUUUUACAUACAAAGAGGACCCUGUUGUUCAUGAAAUCCAUCCAACCAAAUCUUUUCUUAGUGGUGGAAGCACAAUAACAGGUUUUGGGAAAAACCUAAAUUCUGCUAGUGUUCCCAAGAUGGUAAUAAAUGUUCCUCAAGUAGAAAGAAACUUCACAGUGGCAUGUAAACAGCGCUCUAAUUCAGAGAUAAUAUGUUGUUCAACUCCUUCCUUACAACAGCUAAAUCUGCAACCCCCCUUGGAAACAAAAGCUCUUUUCAUAUUUGAUGGUAUCCAUUCCACUUACUUUGAUCUCAUUUAUGUCCAUAAUCCUGUAUUUAAGCCUUUUGAAAAGCCAGUGAUGAUCUCAAUGGGCAAUGAAAAUGUACUGGAAAUUAAGGGAAAUGAUAUUGACCCUGAGGCAGUAAAAGGUGAAGUGUUAAAAGUGGGAAAUAAGAGCUGUGAGAAUAUCCGCUUGCACUCUGAAGCAGUCUUAUGUACAGUCCCCAAUGACCUGCUGAAACUGAACAGUGAGCUAAAUAUAGAGUGGAAGCAAGCAAUUUCUUCAACUGUCCUUGGAAAAGUGAUAGUACAACCAGACCAGAAUUUCACAGGACUCAUUGUUGGAGUCGUCUUGAUAUCAUUAUUGCUCUUGUUACUACUAGGGCUUUUCCUGUGGCUGAAAAAGAGGAAGCAGAUUAAAGAUCUGGGCAGUGAUUUAGUUCGCUAUGAUGCAAGAGUACACACUCCUCACUUGGAUAGGCUUGUAAGCGCCCGAAGUGUAAGCCCUACCACGGAAAUGGUUUCCAAUGAAUCUGUAGACUACAGAGCAACAUUUCCAGAAGAUCAGUUUCCAAAUUCUUCCCAGAAUGGAUCCUGCAGACAAGCUCAUUAUCCUCUGACAGAUUUGUCCCCCAUCCUAACCAGUGGAGACUCAGAUCUCUCCAGUCCGCUGCUUCAGAAUCACGUCCACAUUGAUAUCAGCGCUUUAAAUCCUGAGCUGGUCCAAGCAGUUCAGCAUGUGGUAAUUGGGCCAAACAGCCUGAUUGUACAUUUCAAUGAAAUCAUAGGAAGAGGGCAUUUUGGGUGUGUAUAUCAUGGGACUUUAUUGGAUAAUGAUGACAAGAAGAUUCAUUGUGCUGUGAAAUCCUUGAAUAGAAUUACUGACAUAGGUGAGGUUUCCCAGUUUCUGACUGAAGGGAUCAUCAUGAAAGAUUUUAGUCACCCAAAUGUCCUCUCACUUUUGGGAAUCUGCCUUCGUAGUGAAGGGUCUCCAUUGGUGGUUCUACCAUAUAUGAAACACGGAGAUCUUCGAAACUUCAUAAGAAAUGAGACUCAUAAUCCAACAGUGAAGGACCUCAUUGGUUUUGGCCUUCAAGUAGCAAAAGGCAUGAAAUACCUUGCAAGCAAAAAGUUCGUACACAGAGACUUGGCUGCAAGAAAUUGUAUGCUGGAUGAAAAAUUUACUGUCAAGGUUGCUGAUUUUGGGCUUGCCAGAGAUAUGUAUGAUAAAGAAUAUUAUAGUGUACACAAUAAAACAGGAGCAAAACUGCCAGUGAAAUGGAUGGCUUUAGAAAGUCUACAAACUCAGAAGUUUACUACAAAGUCAGAUGUGUGGUCGUUUGGAGUGCUUCUCUGGGAAUUAAUGACCAGAGGAGCACCUCCUUAUCCUGAUGUGAAUACCUUUGAUAUAACAGUUUACUUAUUGCAAGGUCGAAGGCUCUUGCAGCCUGAAUACUGCCCAGAUCCACUGUAUGAAGUCAUGCUAAAGUGCUGGCACCCCAAAGCUGAAAUGCGUCCCUCCUUCUCUGAAUUGGUCUCAAAGAUAUCAGUCAUAUUCUCUACAUUCAUUGGAGAGCAUUAUGUUCACGUGAAUGCAACCUACGUCAAUGUGAAGUGUGUCGCUCCCUACCCUUCCCUUUUGUCAUCCCAAGACAACAUCGACAGGGAGGUGGACACCUGACAGGGUGUACCCGAGAAAGAUACUGUUUCUAUGGUAGUUCAAACAAAAGCAGAUGUUCACACCACUGUUAUUUUUUUCACUGCCUGGGGGGAAACACCAUCCAUUGUUUGUUGUUUUUGCCCAAAAUUGCACUAUUAUAAGGAUUUGAUUUUGUGUUAUUUAAAUCCAUGCAAUUCUAGGGAGUUUUCUAACUCAUCAAAACAUCUGGACCAACUGCUGCUGCCUGGGAUUGAAAACUGUAUGACAUUCGAGACAUAAACUGAUCCAUUGAGUGCGUACAGUUGACAAAUAAUCACUGCUCAGCUUGGCUUUAAAUCGCUGGUUACAGUAUGGGAACUAAAGUGACAAAUUUUGGAAGUCUAAUGGACCAUACAAAUCAAUCCAGAAGAGAAACUGCCUUUGUGUCAUAGAUGCAAACAUAGAGACCACACUACCUACUUAGAAGUCCAGUGUUUCAAAGGAUGUCUUUUCCUGUUGUAUAUAGAUUCUAGCAUUUUUCAUUCUUAAUCCUGACAUUUUUGCCUAUUAGGCAAAAGGGUUCAUAAUUGAGUAAAUUCCCUUUCUUAGGGAAGGAUCAUAUAUAAUGUAGUCAAAAUUCCAAAACAGCAUGACACAGAAAGCUUUUAUAAAUUAAUAGGAGUAUUUGCAUAUUGUAUAUAAACAACUCAGAUUAUUUUCUUAAAUAAAAUAGUCCUGUUGCCGUAUUCAGUUAUCAUUUGGACAUCAGCUCCCCAAAACUGAUACUGUUAAAGUUGUGAUUUAAUUAAUUUGGACAUUUUGGAUGUUUUUCCUGUAUUUUAAAAAUGAGUAUUCUUUGAGAAUAAAAACUUGAGUUGUAAUAAUAAACAUUUCUAGAGAUGAAUCAGUAUAUAUAUCCUGAACAGAAUCAGUCUGACUGAAAAUCUUGGUAAUUUUGCCAAACUGUGGCCCUUGUUGAUAACAUUUCCUAGGAAUCAAAGGGGGCUGGCUCUCCAUAAUAUCACCAACUAGAGACACCAGAACAUCCAUUCAUUCAGUCCAGUUCUACCACUGUGCAUGUAGAUUUGCCCAACUUAUGGCCAGAAAAGUACAUUCAAGAAACAGAGUUUGGGCCAGUGAGAGUGGAACCUGAUAGCUCUAGAAUGAAGCCUUGUGGUGUUUUGUUCUGUGGAAUCUUGUGCCUACUACUGUAUAGUGCAUGUGGUAUAGGAUGAUUAUAACUGGUUUUAUCCAUGUAAACACUUAAAGUAUUAUAUUUUUAUAAAAAUGUUUAUUUUUAAUGACAUACACCAUGUUUUGUUAGGCCAUGAAAUAACUACACUGUGAACAUUUCAGAAAAGGUAUGUCAGACUUGGAUUUAUAACUUGGGGUGAUUUUUAAAUGACUGUAAAUAGUGAUAAGGAAAUGCACUGAUUGCCAGUACACCCCACCCUCAUGACAUCACCUUCACUUGAGGCCAAGGGUUAGCAUAGCAAGCCAGAAUGGAGAACAUGUUACACUGAAACUGAUGAACGGUUUUAUUGUUCUUGUAAGAAUUAUUAUAACCCAAAGUUCUUUGGUGAGGGUAGUAGUAGGCAGCAUCAGAUCCUCUGUAGUGCAGGCACAUUUCACUUCAGAGGUACGUCUUAUAUUGUAUAUAGUGUAGAUUCAGUGAGUGUCUGCAAACUGAGAAUAAUAGAGCUUGCUCUGGGACAAUAACGUAUCAUCUCUGCCCAUCUCUUGACUACAAAAGUACCAAGGACAAAAAGAGCUUGUGGAAGUGAAACCCAUUGAUGAGAACUGCACACCUGUACAUACUUGCUCAAAAAAGCUACAAUGUGAAAGUCAUGUUUACUAUUUAUGAACUCUUCCUUUAGUAAAAUUAACAUUGUGUCUGAGAUAACCUGUAAGAGUAAGUGAGUAUUGUAAGAAUUUGAUACUUUCCAUGCCUAUCUGCCUGCAGACGAUCUGAAUGGUACUUUGUAUGUUUAUAGUUGUUGUUCUGAUAUAAUCAUAGGAGUCAAAUAAAGAAAUUAACAUCCUA